AUGGUGCAUUUUACUGCCGAGGAGAAGAAUGUUAUCACCAGCCUCUGGGGCAAGGUGAACGUGGAAGAGGCUGGCAGUGAAGCCCUGGGGAGGCUCCUGGUUGUCUACCCCUGGACCCAGAGGUUCUUUGACAGUUUUGGCAACCUGUCCUCUCCCUCUGCCAUCAUGGGCAACCCCAAGGUCAAGGCCCAUGGCAAGAAAGUGCUGACCUCCUUUGGAGAAGCUGUUAAGAACUUGGACAACCUCAAGGCUACCUUUGCUAAGCUGAGUGAGCUCCACUGUGACAAACUGCAUGUGGAUCCUGAGAAUUUCAGGCUCCUGGGCAACGUGAUCGUGAUUGUUCUGGCUUCUCAUUUUGGCAAGGAAUUCACCCCUGAGGUGCAGGCGGCCUGGCAGAAGCUGGUGUCUGGCGUUGCCACUGCUCUGGCUCACAAGUACCACUGA